AUGCACCCGUUGAUGACCAGUGUGUUGGCGCAGCGCCAACUCAAUGCCGCCGGUCAGCUCUUCACACUGUCCGACUAUGACGUCAUCACUGACCUGCACACUGCGUUCAGUCGCCUAAAGGAGAUCUUCAACACUCCGCACUAUGUCGAGCGACGGGUCGACCAGAGUGUCGUCGAGAUCGUCAUCGCGAGGAUCACUGCCGCCAUCAGGGAAACUGGUUGCAUCGAGACCUACUCGGCCGAAUUGGUCGAUGUGCUCGACAGUUGUCUGAGACAUCCUAUGACCGUUCUGAACUCAGCAGGUGAACAUGUCGACUCGCCUCAUUGCAAAAUCGCUUCCGAUCUGCUAAGUAGUUUGUUCUUGUACUAUGCGAAACGCUCGGUAAUGACGUUGACGUUACCAGUUGCGAUGAAAGCGGUUGGGUCAUCGAACCAGGAGCUGGUUAAAAAUACCACCAGCUACAUCUCUUUAGCAGCUAUCCACAAUGGGAAGGCUCUGUCAUACUACGCACUGCAGAUUAUCUCUUAUAUCAUUAAUGGGAAUCAUUCGUUGUUGCGGGUACUUCCUCAAGUCUAUGCCGAAAAUCGUGAACCAUUCCAUGCGCAUAUUCCUCAGCUUCUUGCGGUGCUCAGAGAAGCAGACUGUUCAGAGAAACUUUCAUUGCUUCAGCUCGCAAGUAUGAUAGCCAAUGAAAAGCCGGAACUUCUGAUCCCGCAUUUGCCACAAUUCGACCAGUACUUGAUGUCUCUAUCCACGUGUACAGCGGUGCUAAAUAUCUAUAUGUCACUCAUCUCACAAGGGCGAGCUUAUGCUCUGGCACCGUUCCUCCUAACCUUAUCCAAAGCAUGCCAACAUCCGGAAUUUAGUGGAAAUUUAGCUACCAUUUUUAAGGUAUUUUUUCCUACAGAAAUUGUGCAGCCUUACUAA